AUGCUGGACGACAAUCGCAAGAUCGGCACACUGUUGCUGGGUCUGGGCUUCAUGUUUUUGAUGCUGGGCGUGCUCAUGAUCUUCGACGCGGCCAUGCUGGCGCUUGGUGACGUGCUGUUCCUGAGCGGCGUGGCGCUCACCAUUGGCUUAUCACGCACGGUGCGUUUCUUCACACGCAAGGAGCGAUGGCGGGGUAUUGUGUGUUUCUUGGGCGGCAUUCUGCUGGUCAUGCUGCGCUACCCUGUGAUCGGCAUGAUUAUCCAGAGCUUCGGCUUCCUCAACCUUUUCGGCUCCUUCUUCCCCGUGGCUUUGGCUUUCCUGCGCCAGACUCCCGUGAUAGGCAACGUGCUCAACUUGCAUGUAGUUAGCGAGAUUGUCGACAGACUAGCGGGCGCACAGAAGCGCGGAUACCAGGUGUAA